CUCUCAACUCCCGCUCGAGGUCCAGGGCAGUCACAGCACGCACUGAGCCUUGCCGCUCCGUCGCUCACCGCAGCACUGUGUCCACGCCCACGCUCGCUCUUGCUAAGAGUCGCUCGCUUUGCCCCCGCAUCCUCUCGCUGAAACGCCUGGCUCUUGCUCCUGCUGCCGACUCCACGUCGCCCCCACAGCAACAGCAACACACGGCUUGGCUGCACGCCCGCACAACAGCCGCACAACAGCAGCAGCCUCACUCGGGACUGCGGCUCUAUAGCGCCGCCUUCUGUCCCGGCCCUUGCUGGCCAUCGUCUGCUGAGCUGUGCCACGGCCAGGGAGGCUGCAUUCCUCGACAUGUCUCUGCCACAGCGGCCAGAGAGCGGCUCGCGGAGGGAGGAGCGACACCGCCGCCGCCGCACCUCAGAUGCCGAGAAUACGCGCUCUCACGACCGGACACACAGCCACGGCAAGAGUGGCGCGCAAUCGCACGCUCGUCCGCUUCCUUCGCCCGGCACGGGGCCAGUGCCCAUGGAACGCGACCCCAUCAUGCGCAGUCAACAGUCAACGCCUGUGCAGGACUUGGGCAGGAAGCGCAGUCUGAUUCGCCCAGAGCGCCGCCGCGUCGAUCCGAGCGACCCCAACUAUUACUACCGCAAGCAUGCGCAGCGCAUGAACGUCCACCCCUCAACCACCGGCAACGACCCUAUCAUGGAAGAUGCCAUGGAGGCCGAGACGGUCAGCUCCGCCAGCACUGACCUAAAGCCGCCACACAUGCGCAAUGCGUCGGGAGGCGGCUACAACGACAAGCAGGCGCCACUGGACGACGAGACACCGCACGUCGAGCGCAGGCUGACACGGAGCAAGACAAUGGAGAACCUGGAGAAACAGCGCCAGAAGGAGAAGGACAAGAUGCGCCCUCCGAGUCUGUGGAACGUCUACUGCGCCAUCAUCACCUUCUGGUGUCCGAACGCCGUCCUGAAGUGCUUUGGCAAGCCGCAGAAGGCGCAGCAGCGUGCUUGGAGAGAGAAAGUCGGUCUGGUCAGCAUCAUCUUGCUGAUCUGUACAUUCGUUGGUUACCUUACCUUCGGUUUCACUGAGACCGUAUGCCCUUCUAAUGGCAACGUUCGCCUGCGCGCCAAUGAGGUGGGUGGAGGAUACAUGAUCAUCCAUGGCAAAGCAUAUGAUCUGGCCCAAUCCACACACCCUCUCGCACGAGGUGUCCCGGCCGGCGCCAAUGUGUUGUUCGACCUGCCCGAGAAGCACGGAGGACAAGACGGCAGUUUCCUCUUCCAGAACGUCAACGGUGCUUGCAAGGGGCUUAUCACACCCAAGGCUAAUUCUGGCAUCCCUGAAGUAAAUGGUAAUCUUGGCUGGUACUUUCCCUGCCGCACUUUCAACCAGGAUGGGUCCUCGAAGCCGAACAUAACUUUCCUCGAGUACGGUGGCUUCCAAUGCCAUACUUCUGACAACGCUCGCAGGGCCUUCUAUGGGCUCAGGAACGCCGGUGAUGUGUACUUCACCUGGGAUGACAUCCGCAACAGCUCCCGCAACCUGAUGGUCUGGGGUGGAGAUGUCAUGGAUCUAUCCCUGCUUGAUUGGUUCAACAGCACCCAGGUGAAUGUGCCCACUAUCUUCGAAGACAUUAAGAACAACCCAGCCGUACGAGGAAUCGAUGUCACCCGUGCGUACUCUUCCAGCUACGAGAAGCAAGUCGCACGUUGCUUUACCGAGAUCAUCAAGGUCGGCUCAAUCGACACCGAAAGCAUUGGCUGCAUUGCUUCCAAGGUCGUUCUUUACAUCUCGCUUGUUUUCAUCUUAGCUGUCGUUGUCGCUAAGUUCGUGCUUGCCCUGGCAUUUCAAUGGUUCCUCAGCCGCAAAUUCGGUGCCGACAAGACAUCUACCGGCAAAGCAGACUCGAAGGAGAGGAAGCAGCAGAUCGAGGAAUGGAGUGACGACAUCUACCGUCCGCCUCCACGACUCGCAGACCCUGCCGCCGGACCUGACCGUUCAAGCAAGCGCGGUAGUACCUUCUUGCCAUCCACUUCCAGGUUUACCAGCCCGUACGCUAUGGAAAAGUCAUCAAAGACUCGAGCACCACCAACCACCAUGACCAGCCAGAGCGCGACAUCUCGUCUUAAUUCGUCCAACAACGGUAUGUACAGACAACUCAACUCCAGCCAAGGUACCCUUCCAACGACCUAUCUCGAAGCGAAGACCCAGGGCCAGUCACGUUCAAGCUUGCUUCUGUCAGGAUCUGCAGACAAUCGCUACUCCAGUGUUAUAGGUGAAGAAGGACCCGGCCCGUCCGGCUUCAUCCACGAGGCCGUUGUACCCCAACCUCCUCCUGAAUGGCAACCGUUUGGUUAUCCCUUGGCUCAUUCUAUCUGUCUGGUUACUGCAUACUCCGAAGGUGCGGAGGGUCUGCGUACUACAUUGGACUCUAUUGCGACUACCGACUAUCCGAACAGCCACAAGUUGAUCUUGGUUAUUUGCGACGGUAUGAUCAAGGGCCAAGGUGAAGAUCUGACCACACCUGAGAUCGCACUGGCCAUGAUGAAGGACCACGCUGUACUACCCCAUGAAGUUCAAGCGUACUCUUAUGUUGCAGUCGCUAGCGGUUCGAAGCGACACAACAUGGCCAAAAUCUACUCGGGUUUCUACAACUACGGCGAGGAUUCUCGUAUUGCCUCAGACAAGCAGCAACGUGUACCAAUGAUGGUUGUUGUCAAGUGUGGUACACCUGACGAGGCGACGAAAUCCAAGGCUGGUAACCGCGGAAAGCGUGACAGUCAGAUCAUUCUUAUGUCAUUCUUGCAAAAAGUCAUGUUUGAUGAACGUAUGACGGAGCUUGAGUUCGAGAUGUUCAACGGCAUCUGGAAGAUUACUGGCAUUUCGCCGGACUUUUACGAGAUAGUACUCAUGGUCGACGCCGACACCAAGGUCUUCCCGGAUAGUUUGACUCACAUGAUUUCCGCCAUGGUCAAGGAUCCAGAGAUUAUGGGACUCUGUGGCGAGACAAAGAUCGCCAACAAGCGGGAUUCGUGGGUUUCCAUGAUCCAGGUGUUUGAAUACUUCAUCUCGCAUCACUUGGCCAAAUCUUUCGAAUCGGUGUUCGGAGGUGUUACCUGCCUUCCCGGAUGUUUCUGCAUGUACCGCAUCAAGGCUCCCAAAGGUGGACAAAACUAUUGGGUCCCUAUUCUGGCUAACCCAGACGUUGUCGAGCACUACUCGGAGAACGUGGUCGACACGUUGCACAAGAAGAACCUUCUACUGUUGGGCGAGGAUCGUUACCUCUCGACACUAAUGCUCAAGACGUUCCCGAAGCGUAAGCAGGUUUUUGUGCCCCAGGCCGUCUGCAAAACUACUGUACCGGACGAAUUCAAAGUCCUACUGUCACAACGUAGGCGAUGGAUUAAUAGUACAGUCCACAACCUGAUGGAGCUGGUACUAGUACGAGAUCUCUGCGGCACCUUCUGCUUCAGUAUGCAGUUUGUUGUGUUCGUCGAGCUUAUCGGAACACUGGUUCUGCCAGCCGCCAUCGCUUUCACCUUCUACCUGAUCGCUAUUGCCAUCAAAGCAGCCGUGCUAAACACCGCGGCGCCUGUCAUCCCUCUCAUUCUUCUUGCCCUUAUCUUGGGUCUGCCUGCGAUCCUCAUCGUUGUCACGGCACAUCGCUGGUCUUAUGUCGCUUGGAUGCUUGUCUAUCUAUUGUCGCUUCCGAUCUGGAACUUUGUGCUCCCCACAUACGCGUUCUGGAAGUUUGAUGAUUUUAGUUGGGGCGAUACCCGAAAGACAUCGGGCGAAACGACGAAGAAGGCAGGCCUGGAGUAUGAAGGCGAGUUUGACAGCAGCAAGAUUACGAUGCGGAGGUGGCACGACUUUGAAGCAGAGCGGAGACUGAAGACACCCGGCGGCGGGUGGUCACAGACGACAUCGGCUGGGGGAUGGCCGCAGCAGCAGCAAGGAUAUGAGCCAUACUAUGACAACUGAUUUUCGCAUGGUGGCGUCGUUUAGGAAAGCAAGCCGCCCAGUCGUUUGCGCGGCGAGCUAAAAGACUGCAUGUUGUACCACGUUCCUUCUCACUGCAUUGCCAGGAUGCUCGGGCGUAUUUCUCACGCCAGUUUUGUCGGUUUUAUGGGUACUGUAGAUGUUGGCACUGGCCAGUAUAGGGGCCGCCUAGACUAAUUGUAGCAUUAAUUCAUUUCACCCAGCAUGAGUGUCCCGGUGAUACAAGGCGCGUCCUCCAGACAGCAGGCUGAAUGCCUCGUCGCCCCUUUCGGACAGCCCGUCUGGCAGCUUGUCAUGCC